AUGGAGGGAGCCAGCCCUGCCUGCUGGAGCCAGCCCGGUGGGAAGGCAUCCCAGGGGAGCUGGAAUGAGGAGAGCCACGACAACUGGAGCCAGUGUGACAACAGGCUGUGGAGCAAAGUGCCUGUCCCGCUGCUGCUGCUGCUGCUGUGCCUGUGUGGGAGUGGGAAUGGGGCUGUGCUCUGGCUCCUCAGCUUCAUCAUCCACAGGAACCCCAUCACCCCCUGUGUGCUCAGCCUGGCCAUGGCUGGCUCCACCUUCCUGCUCUCCAUCACCAUCACCCUGGGGAUAUUUUCUGUCCCAGAGAGCUUCUGCCACCAGCUGGGCUCGUGGGCUGUGACAGCUGGGCUGAAGGUCCCCAUCCUCUUGGCUUUCACUGCUGCUGUCUCCUCUCUGACAGCCCUCAGUGCUGUCACAGCUCUGUUUGUCCUCCUGUCCUGCUGGCCCUGCCCCUGCUCCCAGUGCUUCCCGGUGCUCCUGUGUGCCCUGCUCUGGCUGCUCUCCUUCCUGCUCACUGCCACCCUCCAUUGCUGCCCUUUGGUGCCCAUGGCCUUGGUGCUGAGCUGCCCCUUCUCAGUGCUCAGCCUGACCUGUUCUGCUCUGGCCCUGCUGGCCAGGCUCCUGUGCUGCUCA